GGUAUCAGCUGAUCGUAUUGUGUAUAUCGUGAUACGCGUUACAAUUAUAUUAUUUGUAUAUUGCAAUUUUAUUAAAAGAAAGAAAUAUUGAUGUGUUUUGUGGACAGAAAUUUUAAACGAUCCUUUAUAUCGUGUAUCGAUAAUAUUUAAUGAAUCUAUUGAUAUAAACAAAGCGUUUCAUUAUUCUGACUUCAUUUAAUAAGUUUGAGGUUAAAGUUACUAGUGAUAAUAAAAAAGUUAUGUUUUUUUUUUAACACGAUUAAAAAACGAAUAUAAAUCCUGUCAGCCUUGUUUAUCAAUUGGUAGAAGUGACAUAGAAGUUCGCUUACCAAACAACGAAACAUGGCUGAUUAUUGGAAGUCCCAGGGACGGAAAUUCUGCGACUUUUGUAAAUGUUGGAUCGCUGACAAUAAACCGAGUAUCGACUUCCACGAGGGCGGAAAGAAGCACAAAGAAAAUGUCAGUAAAAGGCUCAAGGAAAUACACAAGAACAGUGCGAAACAGGCGAAACAAAACAAAAAAUUUGAGGACGAUCUAAAGAAGAUGGAAAACGCUGCCAUGGCUGCUUAUCUCAAAGACGUCGAAAACAAUACGAGAGAUAUGACGGCUGACAGAAUAAUAAAGGAAAAGCUAAAUCGAUCGGAAAGUCUAAAAGUACAACAAAAUGCGAAUGCGAUGCCAGAUGCUGCACCGGAAACAGUACCGAGAUUCAAACAGAAUAAUUAUCGACAUUUCCCCCAAGAAAUUGAUCCUUGCGAUCCGACGGCUUUGACGAGGUUGUCGCAUACGAAGAGCCAGCAAAGUGCCAGCGUCGAGAAUAAAACUCAAGGGAAGAAUAAAGCGAGUAAAGGAAAGGGAAAAAGAAAAAAGGCCCAAGAGGACGAUGGACGAAGAAAAGCCGUCAGGAAACUUUGGUAUGAGGCUCUCAGUCCCGAAGGAUACACUUACUACUGGCACAUAGAAACUAAUGAAUCAGUCUGGGAACCCCCAGAAGAGGGUUUUAUGACAUUUGCCGAGCAAGAAGAGGAAGUGAAAGAACAAGCUCUUCAGGAAGAACUCUUAGAACAGUUAAAAAAGGAAGAAGAGAUCGAAAAAGCCGAUCUUAUUGAAGAACAAAGGGCUAAUGCCGAACGAGAAAGAAUGAAAGAAUUACGAAAGCAACAACAAAGAAAACAAGAAGUACAAAUUAAAGAGGAAGAAAGUGAAGAUGUUAUUGUAAAACAAGAGUCAAAAGAGGAAGAAGAGAAACCUUAUAGAAGGGAUUAUAGCAUUCCUGAAUUUCAACAGCCUUAUGGAUCCUGGCAGACUGUAAAAGUCAUAGAAAGGAAGCCUGUAGAUCUUCAAUUGCCGCAGCAAAAGCAAAUACAGUUGCCUACUUUCGAAAAAUCUGAACCACCUCCGCCUCAAAGAAUCUUCAAAGAGAAAACUAUUACAACUAUAUCGACCGGAGAUAGUGACGAGGAGGAUUCGUCGUUAAGGACCUUUAAAAAACGGAAGAUAGGAAAUAAGAAUGUACGAAAAAGAUUGGACGACGAUUAAUUUUGCUAGAAUAUUUUGAGUAUAUUUCGGUUCGAAGAUAACGAGAAUGCUCUUUUUCUAAUAAAAA